GCCGCAUUUUACCAAAAGAAUUUUCCUUCUACGUUAAUUUUGAGAACCUUGUCACUUCACCACGGAACGGCAUCCUUGUUAGGCCUUUCUGCGCGAAGAUUUUCUAAAUUUCCUUUCGUUCUAAAUUCAUCCCAACUUAAUUAACCAAGAUGCGCGAAUGUAUCUCAAUCCACGUUGGACAAGCCGGAGUCCAGAUCGGCAAUGCCUGUUGGGAAUUGUACUGCUUGGAGCAUGGAAUCCAGCCUGAUGGUCAGAUGCCCAGUGACAAGUCGGUCGGAGGUGGAGAUGAUUCUUUCAACACCUUCUUCUCUGAAACUGGCUCUGGCAAACAUGUUCCUCGUGCUGUCUUUGUUGACUUGGAACCAACUGUAGUUGAUGAGGUUCGCACUGGCACCUACAGGCAAUUGUUCCACCCUGAGCAACUCAUCACUGGCAAGGAAGAUGCUGCCAACAACUAUGCCCGUGGCCACUACACCAUUGGAAAGGAAAUUGUUGACCUUGUGCUGGAUCGCAUUCGCAAACUCUCUGACCAAUGUACUGGACUUCAGGGAUUCCUCAUCUUCCAUUCUUUUGGUGGUGGCACUGGAUCCGGUUUCACCUCACUUUUGAUGGAACGUCUUUCUGUUGACUACGGCAAAAAGUCCAAGCUUGAAUUCGCCAUCUACCCCGCUCCCCAAGUUUCUACCGCUGUUGUCGAACCAUACAACUCCAUUUUGACCACCCAUACCACCCUUGAACAUUCCGACUGCGCUUUCAUGGUUGAUAACGAGGCUAUUUAUGAUAUCUGCCGCCGAAACUUGGACAUUGAACGGCCGACUUACACCAACUUGAACCGCUUGAUCGGCCAAAUCGUCUCAUCCAUUACGGCUUCCCUUCGUUUCGAUGGCGCUUUGAACGUCGAUUUGACUGAAUUCCAGACCAACUUGGUCCCCUAUCCUCGUAUCCACUUCCCGUUGGUCACUUACGCUCCGGUUAUCUCGGCUGAGAAGGCUUACCACGAGCAAUUGACCGUGGCCGAGAUCACCAACGCUUGCUUCGAACCGGCCAACCAGAUGGUUAAAUGCGAUCCUCGUCAUGGCAAGUACAUGGCCUGCUGCAUGUUGUACCGUGGUGAUGUCGUUCCCAAGGAUGUCAAUGCUGCCAUUGCAACCAUCAAGACAAAGCGUACCAUCCAAUUCGUUGACUGGUGUCCCACUGGUUUCAAGGUUGGUAUCAACUACCAGCCACCAACUGUCGUUCCAGGUGGUGAUUUGGCCAAGGUUUCGCGUGCCGUGUGCAUGUUGUCCAACACGACUGCCAUUGCUGAAGCCUGGGCUCGUCUCGAUCAUAAAUUCGACUUGAUGUACGCCAAGCGUGCUUUCGUCCACUGGUACGUCGGUGAGGGUAUGGAGGAAGGCGAGUUCUCCGAGGCCCGUGAGGAUCUUGCUGCCCUCGAGAAGGACUACGAAGAGGUCGGCAUGGACUCUGUUGAAGGCGAAGGCGAGGGAAAUGACGAAUAUUAAAGAAUCUGGAUCCUGAUCUUUCUGCAUUCUGAAAUUUGCAUGCUUCUUACGAUUUGUUGAGUGAAUUUUACUUCAUUGCUGAUAGCCUCUACUCCAUUAUUUGCCCAAGCUUUUCAAUACAGGCAUUUGAAAAUCUA